GAUGGGAGAGAGGCGGCUGGGCAGAAGUUCCAGACGAUCCCCUCGGUGGCCUCAUGUCGCGCAGCGGAGAGGGCCUUGAGCAGCGCCAGCAGGCGUCAGAGGCGGACGCCACGGCCACAGUCUUCCGGGCAAGCGAGCAUCAGCAUAUCCGCUACAACCCGCUACAAGAAGAGUGGGUGCUGGUGUCAGCUCACCGCAUGAAGCGGCCCUGGCAGGGGCAGGUGGAGCCCCCGCUUCUGCAGACAGUGCCCCGCCAUGACCCCCGCAACCCUCUGUGUCCCGGGGCCACACGGGCCAAUGGAGAGGUGAAUCCUCACUACGACAGCACCUUCCUGUUUGACAAUGACUUCCCAGCUCUGCAGCCUGAUGCCCCCAAUCCAGGACCCAGCGAUCACCCCCUUUUCCAAGCCGAGGCUGCUCGAGGAGUUUGUAAGGUCAUGUGCUUCCACCCCUGGUCGGAUGUGACACUGCCACUCAUGUCAGUCCCUGAGAUCCGUGCUGUCGUCGAUGCGUGGGCGUCAGUCACAGAGGAGCUGGGUGCCCAGUAUCCUUGGGUGCAGAUCUUUGAAAACAAAGGAGCCAUGAUGGGCUGUUCUAACCCUCACCCUCACUGCCAGGUGUGGGCCAGCAGUUUCCUGCCAGACAUUGCCCAGCGUGAGGAGCGAUCUCAGCGGGCCUAUCAGAGUCAGCAUGGAGAGCCCUUGCUGAUGGAGUAUGGCCGCCAGGAGCUGCUCAGGAAGGAACGUCUGGUCCUAACCAGUGAGCACUGGUUAGUGCUGGUCCCCUUCUGGGCAGUGUGGCCCUUCCAGACACUGCUGCUGCCCCGUCGGCAUGUGCGGCGGCUGCCUGAGCUGACCCCUGCUGAGCGAGAUGAUCUAGCCUCCAUCAUGAAGAAGCUCUUGACCAAGUACGACAACCUGUUUGAGACGUCCUUUCCCUACUCCAUGGGCUGGCAUGGGGCUCCCACAGGAUCAGAGGCUGGAGCCAACUGGGACCACUGGCAGCUGCAUGCUCAUUACUACCCUCCACUCCUGCGCUCUGCCACUGUCCGGAAAUUCAUGGUUGGCUAUGAAAUGCUUGCCCAGGCUCAGAGGGACCUCACCCCCGAGCAGGCUGCAGAGAGACUAAGGGCACUUCCUGAGGUCCAUUACCGCCUGGGGCAGAAGGACAGGGAGACAGCAGCCAUCGCCUGACCACGCUGACCACAGGGCCUUCUGCCUGAGGGAACAAGGGCCUAGGGUUUGGGCAGAUGUGGGAUCAAUAAAACUAUGCUUCUGAAACUUUAA